GCGGGCCGGGUUGCCUGGACCCCAGGGCUGGCGGUGGAGGGCUGCCCGAUGCUCGGGCCUGCAGCGCUGGGCGCCGCGGCGGCGGCACUGGUGGCCGCCCUGCUCCUGGCGCGGCGUGAGGACACGGGGCCCGGGACCGGCCCCAGCAAGGCCGAGAUGGAGGCGCUGCCGAAGCUUCGGGAAGACUUCAAGAUGCAGAAUAAAUCCGUCUUUAUUCUGGGCGCCAGCGGGGAAACCGGCAGAGUGCUCUUAAGAGAAAUCCUGGAACAGAAUCUGUUUUCCAGAGUCACUCUGAUUGGCCGGAGGAAGCUCACCUUCGAGGAGGAAGCUUAUAAAAAUGUGAAUCAAGAAGUGGUGGACUUUGAAAAAUUGGAAGACUACACUUCUGCCUUUCAAGGUCAUGAUGUCGGAUUCUGUUGCCUGGGUACCACCAGAAACAAAGCUGGGGCGGAGGGAUUUGUUCGUGUUGACCGAGAUUAUGUGCUGAAGUCUGCAGAGCUGGCAAAAGCUGGAGGGUGCAAACAUUUCAACUUGCUAUCCUCUAAAGGAGCUGAUAAGUCAAGCAAUUUUUUAUAUUUACAAGUUAAGGGAGAAGUAGAAGCCAGGGUUGGAGAAUUAAAAUUUGAUCGCUACUCAGUAUUUAGGCCUGGAGUUCUGUUAUGUGAUAGACAAGAAUCUCGCCCAGGUGAAUGGUUGAUUAGGAAAUUCUUUGGCUCCUUACCAGAUUCUUGGGCCAGUGGUCACUCUGUGCCUGUGGUGACGGUGGUUAGAGCAAUGCUGAACAACAUGGUGCGACCAAGUGACAAGCAGAUGGAACUUCUGGACAACAAGGCCAUCCAUGAGCUGGGAAAAGCUCAUGGUGUUCUUAAGCCAUGACCACACUGGAGAAACACUUUUGAUCACAGAUCUCAACGUCCAUCACUAAAUCUGUAAUUUCAUGGCCUCAGAAGAAUUUGUGUGCUUUACCUUUGUCAUUUGACUAUUCUCAGCUACAUAGAUCCAAUCAGGACAAGACUUUGCUCUGCACUGGUGGCUCAGGGCCUGGUUGAACAUGUAAAUCACUCAGGGAACUUUUGAAAAAUAUAAGAUUUAUAGUCCCUGUUUCAAACCUUCUGAACUAGAAUGUGGGGCAUGUGGGCAUAGGAAUCUGCAGUUUUGUUUUGCUUAAAAUUCUUCUGACGCUUAUGAUUGGGAGACAGUUUUGGAAGACUCCUCUGCAGUCACAACAGCAGUGUAAACCCUGGGUGCCAUGCAGAUGAAUGCUGUUUUAAAACUGGUCACAUUCUUGUUCUAAUGAACAGCAUAUAACCAACUGUGUAGGUGAACAUUGUGCCUUUACUACUACUUUAAAGUAUAUAAUAAAAAAUUAACAGUUCAUUGGAGAACUAAAUAAGGCAGUGGAAAUAAAUGUACAAAUCCUGGGUGCCUCUUCAGUGGUUCAAAAGUAUUAGUUGUACUAGUGGUGACAUGUAGCUUUUUGGCCAAUGCAGUGAUACAAUAACAGCUAUCAUUUAUCAAGUGUUGGCUAUGUUCCAGUCCUUACAGGUGUCAUCUAUGCUUUAACCCUCCAAACAAUCCUUAUAAAGGGAUAAUGUCAUUA